CUUUCAAUUCAAUUUCAAGUCCUCUUCUUUCUUGACUUGCAUAUCUUGACAGAAUCUCAAUCUGUCAAUUCUUGUUUUUUGUCCAUCUAAAUCAUCUUAUUUUGAAGCUUAGUUUGUAUCUAAUCAGACACAAUGGCAGAGAGCAACAUGUCCCCAGAUCGGGAACAAGGAAUGUCGAUAUUUCUAGAUGUAUUCCGGCGUGCUGAUAAAAAUGAUGACAACUGUCUGUCUUGGAAGGAAUUCUGGGAGUUUUUCUCAGAUGGUGUCAUGACAUCUGAUGAGUUGAAGGCGUUAUUCCAAGAGAUUGACACUCAUAACACCGAUAACAUUGAUACGGGUGAACUGUGUGCUUAUUUUUCCAAGCACAUGACCAGUUUUAAGGACAUCUUUGUGUCUAUCGAAGGCAUGAACAAAUCAUUGAACAAUGCCCUCCAGAAGACAGCUCAGGAUUAUGACACCAUGUCCAAAACUUCUCAAUUCGUGACCCGUUUUCUGAUGCGCGAGAUUGCAAGCCAGCUCACUGCCCUUCAGCAGCCGAUGGAGACUGCAUCAGAGAAUGUUGAUGCCAAGGCAAGAGAGGCAAGCUCUGAAACUGUUUUGGUCCUUGAGGCCCAGUUGCAAUCUGAAUCCCUCCAGUCCAAGAAUCUGCCUGCAGAUGAGGUUCGUAAACCAACGGGUAUUGUGCCUGGUCGUGUGGCCCGUCGUGAAAGAAGGCAAUAUGAUACUCAGUUCUCUGACCCACACCCCAUUGCUGGUGGAAAUCAACUGGUGGCAGAAAUUACGAGACUCUCUAUGGUUGUGGAUCGACUUGAAAAAAGGGUCGAAAUUGGCGGCAUUACUGAUGAAGUGAUUGAUGUCCAGAAGGAAGAAUUAGCUCUGAUCGUUCACAGAAAGUUCAACGUUGCUGAGAAACAGGCAAAGGCCUUCCGCCAGAGUUUGAAGCAGUAUGUGGAAGUCUGCAACAGUAAUGAUGCAAACGAGAGCAUUCAAGUGCGUACCUACAGCGGCAGCGACGCAGUCGUGGUCUACGAGAUCUGGGACAGCGAAGACAACUGGAAGGCCCACUUGGCUACACAAGGAUGCAAGAACUUUCAGAAGAGUAAUAUAGACCACCUGGAGACACCAGAGCAGUUCACUACCCUCAAGAUACCUGAGUCAUGGUUGAAGUAAAAGUCAGUAAUAGAACCGGCAAAAGAAUCAAAAUAUUGAAAUUGGGAGUCAUUGUACUUUUUGAAAUUGACCAGAGCCAAGACAUGCAAAUUUUCUGUCAGAUCUUGAGAGAGUACUUUGAACCUGGCUUUGGCUGUGCCCCUUUCCCAUAUAUUUUGAUCUGCCACUGCGAGUGGCGCUGAGUGUAGUUUAACCAUAGCCGGAAGGUACCCAAGUGGAAUCGGGCCUUAGAAAUAGCAAUAUGAUAAUAAAACUAAAAGUUUCCUGACUGGAAUCGAAUCUCAAAAAAACUGUCUCUAAUGAUUAAUUAAGUAUUAAAUGGACAGUUGUGGUAGGACAAUAUGCUGACCGUGCAUGGCUUUCCUAUUUAUAGAAUCUUUACUAGUUUAUAACAUUUACAUGUAAUCAAUUUUAAUCACAUUUGAUGUAGUAUUAGUUAUGUACAGUAUACACAAACUUUAUAUGUUGAUAUGGCAAAGGCCCAAUGUGAUGAUAAUGAUCUGAAAUCAGAAAUCAUUCCUCAAGUUUUGGCAUAAUAUUUUGCUCUGGGCACGGAAUGAUGUGGCAUUCAUCAUGCAGGUACUUAAAAUAACUUUAUAGAAACAUGAUCUUUCCGGUGUAUUGCAACAAUGUGCUUUCAUACAUCUUCGAGUACAUGUAGUUUGAAACUGUUUUCAGGAAGUCUUGCGAUGUGAUUAAGUAUGAUGAUUAAAUCUGAUGUAUUAAGCACGCCUUGGGUCAGGUUUGAAUAUGCAAUUUUGCCAAACAAAUUAUUGCCUAAGUUAAUAUGCUGAUCUUCGCAAUAUGUAGUGCUAUUGGUUUCCUGAUUUCAUGUGCUUAUGUUUGCAUAUGCAGUGCAAUUGGUUGCCUGAUGAGCUGAUGUUUACAUGUACAUAUUCCUCAGGUUUGGAAUUAUAGCAUAUUUAUCAUAUACAAAACCACUUAGUUAUGUGUGUAAUUAACUUUGUAUCUGUCGUUAAUGUUAAUAAACGAUCAUAAUUUUCA